GCUAACUGUUAGCAUCACGAACCUCCAGCGGGACACGCUCACCGGUACCGGCCUCGUCUGCGCCCCCUCCCCGCCUCCUUCUCCCGGUGUUCUGCGGUAAUUUCCGUCCUCCUGCUCCAGACCGACCGGCAAACAUCCAGGGACGAUGUCGGCAGUGCAGCGGAUGAAGGUGGCGAACGAGCGGCACAGCAAGACGAUCACACAGCGGGGACACGUCCAGAAGACCACGCGGCCGGUAAAUGAUGACAAGUCUCCGGUGGGUCCGUGGCUUCUCGCUCUCUUCGUCUUCGUGGUUUGUGGAUCCGCCAUUUUUCAGAUCAUCCAGAGCAUCAGGCAGGGCAUGUGAUGACCCUUGACCCCGGAGCCGAGCCGUCACAUGGAAGAGGAGGGGGACACGUCACCGUCAUGACGACAGACACACACAGACACACACAGACACACACACACGUUCCUGUGGAGUUUUUAAAUCUGAUCUUUUUUUUUCCACAGUAAAUCUUUCUCUUUAUUUUGUACUUCUCUGUGUAAUCAGCUGAUCAGAUCUUGUUCAUUGGUUGAUUGGUUGCUGAAGUCAGCUGACGGUGGCUGAGCUGAGUUUCUCUGAUUUAAAGGAACAAGCCGCUGAUUCUUAACAGUCACGUGACCUGAUGUCAGGUCAUGUGACGUCUUCACAGCGUCUGUCAGGUGCACAGCUCCGAUCUGUCCGUCCUGCAAAAGUCACAUGAUCUCAGCACUGCUCUCUACUUGGAGGCUUUUAAUGUGAAAACCCAGCAGGAAGUGUUUUUUCUGUGGACAAUGUUUUUAAAUCAGACAUGAGCCUGGGCUCCAGGUAACCAUGGGAACAGGAUCCAGACUUUUAUUCUGACCAAUCAGACGACAGGAGGAAGGGGGGGGGGGGGGGCACAGGAUCAGUGAGACGACUUUAACUUCACUUCUGUAUUUCAUAUUAAAAGCCUCAGAAUCGGGCGUAAGGCUCGGAUCAGGCUCAACUGGUGUUCAAGCUGUGAGCGCAUCACGUUUCAUCAAACUCACUGAAGUGAGGAGUGAAACCAGGUUCACCUGCUCAGCUCCUCACUGUGACUUCAGGGAUUUAUCUGAAGUGACAUCUGCAGAACAGGAAGUCAGAACAGGUUGAAGAAGAAAAGCAGCUGAACUGGAGAAUCAGCUGUUUGCUCCUUUUGAAUCAGACGCACAGAAAAACCUCAGUUUGUCAGGAAGGAACAAAACUCCUGAGUCUGAUGUAAAUAAUGAACAGCUGAUAGAAGCAGCUUCUUCCACCUGACACAGCCCAGCGCCCCCUGCUGGACGACCUGCUCCACUUUUAUACGAAAUAAACCUCAGAUAUUUUCUCUAAA